AUGGGAAAGAAAAAUCGUCGAAAUAAAAAUGCUGCUGCGACGAGUGGAGACGAUAUGAGCGAUGUCUCCUCCAUGAUGUCAUUUUCGACGGCGGCUUCAGAGCGCUCCGAAUCCGACCACGUGGAAUACAUCGACGACGAUUCUAAGUUCAAAAUGAUGAUCGACGGAAUCGGCAACAAAAACUCGAAGACCUCGGUGCCUGCGCUCAAAUUCGUUUUCACAAAGAUGCAACAGAUGCCAAUGACUACCCUUUACCGCGCGUUGAGAAAGGCGAAAGGUGAUUUCCGUCUGAUGCUUCUCAAAUGCCUUGCUGUGCUCUUUCUUUCUCUCGAUGAAGAAGACGCCAACGAAAUAUUCGAAGACGUGCAGCGCGAGUUGCUCGCUUCUCUGAAAGAUAAAGUCAAGGACGCCGCCCUUGCCUUGGGCAUCGUCUCAUCAACUUGCUUCAACCCAGACCUCGUUGCGCCAACUUUUGCUGCAUAUAGAGAUAUAAUAAAACGCGCUUAUUUGAAAGGCGAUGAUGAGCCACCUGUUUUGAAAGGAACUGAAUCGACGCUUAUCACAGCCUGCCUUGAGAGCUGGACUUAUCUUCUUGCUGCUUCUUCACAUUAUGGAGGUUUUCGUCGACUCAUCGAAAAAGAAAUCGACGAACUUUCUCCAGAGCUUCCUGGAAUUCUCCGCUCAGCGUCUGUGGAGGUCCGAUUGGCAGCUAGUGAAGCCGCAGCGAUAGUGACAGAAGUGGCCCGAGACUUCCGAGGCGAUGAGUUUGACUUUGACAAUGUCGACGACAUACUGGAUUGUCUUGACAAUCUUGCUCAAGGAACAGCGGUCGGCGGUGGCUCCGUCAAAUCGCUUAAGAAAAACGACAGAAAGAACCAGAAACUGACAGUUAGAAAUACAAGAGACCUGAUUCUCGAUCGAGAACCUGCCGAUGUAAAAACAGUUCAAAUUUCAAUCCAAGAACUUCUCGAGCUCGAUACCUACUGUGACAUUACUCGUUAUGAGGGAAUUUGCUGGUGCUUGGAAGGCGGGAUUAACAUGCACUUGACUUACAACGAGCUUUUACGAAACGCGGACUGGUUCGAACUCGGAUCGAUUGUACCCCGAGUCACCAAAUUGGAUAAACUCGAUGCCAUCGACAAGCUCCACCGCCAAGUCAUCCGCGGCCAAAUCGACAAGAAUCGCAACAAUCAGAUCAAGAAAGAGCGACAGAAUCGAGCUGACGACCACUACUACGACUGA